CCCGGCUCUUCUUUCCCCCGGCAUCAGUUGAGCCUCGCAGGGACACGGCUGGUGAAGUAUCACCAACGGCUGCGUUUAAUUUAACAUUUUACGCAACAGAACACAUCUUUUUGAUGUUCAUCUGAACGGGAAGAAGAUUUGAUUAAGUGUUUUAUGAGCCGUCGCUUUGUCAGGGUAACCCUAGUCCCGUUCCUCUUAAGAAAUUAUAUUUUAGGGUAUUAUGAUAGCUAGUUAAUUGAUUUUUUGUCGUUUGAGCAAUAGCUAACGAUAUCAGCUGAAGGGGGCAUUUUUUCUUCUGUCCUCUGCCCUAUCUCCUCGCCUUAUAGAGCCAGUUUUUCUGGUUGAAUCGAGCCUAAAAAAGCAACUCGUCUGAGGAGAGCCGACUGAAAGCGCCAAAAUGGGGUAUGGCCGGUCGGACAGCUACCGCGUGGCUACCACGCAGGACAAGGAUGAGAAGGAGUCGCCCAAGAAGAAGGGAGGCAAGGAUCUCGAUGACCUGAAGAAGGAAGUUCCCAUAACUGAACACAAAAUGUCUGUUGAGGAAGUCUGCCGGAAGUACAACACCGAUAUCGUUCAAGGUUUGACCAAUGCCAGGGCUGCAGAGUACCUGGCCAGGGAUGGCCCCAACGCUUUGACUCCACCCCCUACCACCCCAGAAUGGGUCAAGUUCUGUCGUCAGCUGUUCGGUGGCUUCUCCAUCCUGCUGUGGAUUGGUGCCAUCCUCUGCUUCCUGGCCUACGCCAUCCAGGCUGCCACAGAGGAUGAACCUGCUGGGGAUAAUUUGUAUCUGGGUAUCGUGCUGUCAGCUGUUGUCAUCAUCACCGGCUGCUUCUCUUACUUCCAGGAAGCUAAGAGCUCCAAGAUCAUGGAAUCAUUUAAGAACAUGGUCCCUCAGCAAGCCUUGGUGAUCCGCGAGGGAGAGAAGAUGCAGAUCAACGCUGAGCAGGUAGUUGCAGGAGAUCUGGUGGAGGUGAAGGGAGGAGACCGGAUCCCUGCCGACCUUCGCAUCAUCUCCUCACAUGGCUGCAAGGUGGACAACUCAUCCCUGACUGGUGAAUCAGAGCCCCAGACCAGGUCACCUGACUGUACCCAUGACAACCCCCUGGAAACCCGAAACAUUGCCUUCUUCUCUACCAACUGUGUUGAGGGAACUGCACGUGGUAUUGUUGUGUGUACUGGUGAUCGCACAGUGAUGGGACGCAUUGCCACCCUCACCUCAGGUCUGGAGACUGGGAAGACACCCAUUGCCAAGGAGAUUGAGCACUUCAUCCAAAUCAUCACAGGCGUGGCUGUUUUCCUUGGCGUGACCUUCUUCAUCCUCUCAAUCAUCCUGGGUUACUCCUGGCUGGAGGCUGUAAUCUUCCUCAUUGGUAUCAUUGUGGCUAAUGUGCCCGAGGGACUGCUGGCCACAGUCACUGUGUGUUUGACACUGACUGCCAAGCGAAUGGCUCGCAAGAACUGUCUGGUAAAGAACUUGGAGGCUGUGGAAACUCUGGGCUCCACCUCCACCAUCUGCUCUGAUAAGACAGGCACGCUGACCCAGAACAGGAUGACCGUGGCCCACAUGUGGUUUGACAAUCAGAUUCAUGAAGCUGACACGACUGAGGAUCAGUCUGGCUCCUCCUUCGACAAGAGCUCAACAACAUGGGUGUCUCUGGCUCGCAUUGCUGCCCUCUGCAACCGUGCUGUGUUCAAAGCAGGUCAGGAAUCUUUGCCCAUUCUGAAACGAGACGUAGCCGGUGACGCCUCAGAGUCAGCUCUACUGAAGUGUAUCGAACUGUCCUGUGGCUCCGUCAAGGCCAUGAGGGACAAGAAUAAGAAAGUUGCAGAGAUCCCGUUCAACUCCACUAACAAGUACCAGCUCUCAAUUCAUGAAACUGAGGAGGAAAAUGACAGUCGUUACCUGCUGGUGAUGAAGGGAGCCCCAGAGAGGAUCCUCGACCGCUGCUCCACCAUCAUGGUGCAGGGCAAGGAGCAGCCGAUGGACGAUGAGAUGAAGGAGGCUUUCCAAAAUGCCUAUCUGGAAUUGGGAGGGCUGGGAGAGAGAGUGCUGGGGUUCUGCCACGUGUUUAUGCCUGAGGACAAGUACCCAAAAGGUUUUGCCUUUGACACCGAUGACGUCAACUUCCAAACUGACAACCUUUGCUUCGUGGGCCUCAUGUCCAUGAUUGACCCUCCUCGUGCUGCAGUGCCUGAUGCUGUGGGCAAAUGCCGCUCAGCUGGCAUCAAGGUUAUUAUGGUGACUGGUGACCAUCCAAUCACAGCCAAGGCCAUUGCUAAGGGUGUGGGUAUCAUCUCUGAGGGAAACGAGACAGUGGAAGACAUUGCUGCACGCCUCAACAUUCCUGUCAGUCAAGUCAACCCCAGGGAUGCAAAGGCCUGUGUGAUCCAUGGUACGGAUCUUAAAGACCUCACACAGGACCAGAUGGAUGACAUUUUGAGGAAUCACACAGAGAUUGUCUUUGCCAGAACCUCCCCACAGCAGAAGCUCAUCAUUGUUGAAGGUUGCCAGAGACAGGGUGCUAUCGUGGCUGUGACCGGUGAUGGUGUGAAUGACUCUCCUGCCCUGAAGAAGGCUGACAUUGGUGUUGCCAUGGGAAUCUCUGGCUCAGACGUAUCCAAACAAGCUGCAGAUAUGAUCCUGUUAGAUGACAACUUUGCCUCCAUCGUCACUGGAGUGGAAGAAGGACGUCUGAUCUUUGACAACCUGAAGAAAUCUAUUGCAUACACUCUGACCAGCAACAUCCCAGAAAUCACCCCCUUCCUCUUUUUCAUCUUGGUCAACAUCCCCCUGCCUCUGGGUACCAUCACUAUCCUCUGCAUCGACCUGGGAACUGACAUGGUACCAGCCAUCUCUCUUGCUUAUGAAGCAGCAGAGAGCGACAUCAUGAAGCGACAGCCCAGGAACCCACUGAGGGACAAAUUGGUCAAUGAGAGACUCAUCAGUAUUGCCUAUGGACAGAUUGGUAUGAUCCAGGCUCUUGGGGGCUUCUUUGCCUAUUUUGUCAUCAUGGCUGAAAAUGGUUUUCUGCCAUCUCUGCUUGUCGGCAUUCGGCUCAACUGGGACGAUCGCUCCAACAACGACCUGGAGGACAGCUAUGGACAGCAAUGGACCUAUGAACAACGUAAGAUUGUGGAGUUUACUUGCCACACAGCCUUCUUUGUCAGUAUUGUGGUGGUGCAGUGGGCAGAUGUGAUCAUCUGCAAGACCAGGCGUAAUUCUGUGUUCCAGCAGGGCAUGAGGAAUAAGAUUUUGAUCUUUGGCCUGUUUGAGGAAACGGCUCUGGCUGCUUUCCUGUCCUACUGCCCUGGUAUGGACUUGGCACUACGGAUGUACCCACUCAAGCCCAGUUGGUGGUUCUGUGCGUUCCCAUACAGUUUCCUCAUCUUUGUUUACGAUGAGAUCCGAAAACUCAUCCUGCGCCGAAACCCCGGAGGCUGGGUGGAAAAAGAGACAUACUAUUAAAUUAUCAAAGCAUCAUUUACUUCUUGUCCCAUUUUUCCCUGAAUUCAUCCCUUCUUCUCUAUCUCCCUCUGACUUUCUCUUUCCUCCUUCCUUGCCUCCAUCCAUCUCUCCUCUCGGCAUACUCGAAAUGUACAAGAAAAAAAUGUUUACUCCUCAUCUUUGUUCAUCCAUCUUCAUUUCCUAAAGAAACAAAAAAUCAAAAUGCCAAGACGACAAGAGGACCAAUGACAGAGGAGGAGAGGAUGGGGAAGAGGGUGCAUUUGUAAAUCUUCCCUGUCCUUUCGGUCCCUCUGUCCCCCUUUUUUGUAUCCAAAGUCUACACAGCAGUAGUCUGCCAGUAACACUGUUUGUGCCGAUGCUUAUUACUACACUGUUAGCUACAGCCACUCUUCGUACAUGUACUCAAAUUACAUCGCUGUGUGGAACCAAAUAAAGAAAACAUCUUGAGAAUAAAGCAGAAAAUCUGACUGCUCCACUGCGAUCUCUCGGGCCAAGCAGCACAACAAAACGGCAGCUCCGGUCUAGACUACGACCUGGCAAUUUGAGCGGGUGGGUGGCAUCAUUUUUGUUUAGUUUUUUAUUUUUAUUUGUAUUUAUUUAUUUAUUUUCCCUGCCAGAGAAAAGCUGCCCAGAUCCAGCUCAGUAAUCACUGCCAUUUCCUGCCAUUCGCCUACCGCGACUUUCCUUGCCUUUUUUUCUCUCUUUCUAUUUACUCACUGCCAGUCUUCUACUGCCGUUCUCUCUUUCUCCUCCUCCUCGCCUCCUUUCCUAUCAAUAAAGAAUCGGUGUCACUAUAAAACCAACCCACUGUCUCACUCACGCCCACAGCAGGGUGGAAAAAAGUUCACUUCCUCCGACUCCCCUGUCCAUCCUCCCCUCCCAGUGUUGUUUUCUGUUUGUGUUAUUGUUGUUUUCUAAUAGACAGCUGGGUGUUUUUUUUAAAAAAAACAAAGUUGUUCGUAAAAGUCUCAUGUGUUUUUUGUUUUUUAAGUUCGGCGUGAGUCUGAGAGCUGCUUGUUUUCAUUCAGACAUGACAAAACACACUUUCUCUCCCUCUUCCUGUUCAUCUCAUCUCUAUCUUUUCCUUUAACACGUCUGCCCUCCCACCAACCUCACCCCCCUCCUGCCUGUCUAUCUGUCCCUGUUUGUCUGUCUGUUUGUGAACACCGUGCAAACCCUCCGUCCUUGUAAAAAUCCACCCACUUUCACCGCCUGCCUCCUCUUAUUCUCCCACCCGUGACCGACCUACAGCCUCCCAACCCCACCCAGCCCUACCCCCGUUGAAAAAAAAAUUACAAUCUUUCUGUGUCCUCGGAAAAAGAGAUUUCUCUCAAGUUUCAUUCUUAAUCAGUGGAAUUCUGGAAUAAGGCACUGUACCUUACACUGCGAAACAGCAGCAAAAAAAGGAAAUGAAAUAAAACAGAAGGAUCUCUCUUUUUUCAGCUUGGCCUCGACUUUGUUUUUGUGUGGAGUCUUGUCAGAAAAUGGAAAUAAAUGCUGUGACCAACUUA